AUGCAAAAAUCCGACAGAACCCGGCAUGGUGCAUCCAGCAGCUCCGGUAGUAAACUUCAUACAAAGUUAGAGUCUAUUAAGACUAAAAUUAGUACUCGCUCACACUCUGUAUCCCCUAAAAAUGUUGAAGAUAUUCAACCAUCCAAAACGGGAAAAACAAAGCUUGGAAAAGCUAGCAUAAAUGAUCACAACUCUCAACAUUCCAAUAGCUCAUCGAGUGGUUCCGACGCUGAAUCUUCUAGAGGGAAUCAGCACCUUACUGAAAACGAAAAAAUCUUGAUCAAGAAUCCUUAUCGAGAAAGUUCUAGACCACGACCACUUCACGAUCCAUUGUUUCCAUUUCCAGUUGCAUCUUCAAUAAAUGUUGAAAAGCUUUUGAGCAUCCCUACAAGCGUUUAUGGGAAAAAUGUUGCAAAAUGGGUGAAGAAGCUCUUCAAAUUGAAGAACUCUCCAAAGAUUCUAGAGACACCUAAGUUUACUCCUAUUAGACCAAGUGCACCGACUAUAAUAGCAUUGUUCUACCCUGAUCCCGAACGCGAAAUGAGAAGACCAGUAGAGGUGUAUCUCAAAAGAAUCGAAAACCUUGCGAAAAUGGGAGAGCAAACAAUCAUCUAUGUAUGUCCUACUAUAGCUAAAGCAGUGAAAGCAAUGCGGAAAGAUCCUCAUUGGUAUGUUAUUUCGGAAUACGAGACAAUUUGGGAUAUACCGACAAAUAGCUAUCAGUAUAACAACUUCAAAAAAACACAAACGGAACUAUUCAAAAAGCUGGAAGGGGAGAGACCAGACUGGAAACUAAAUGCAACAUAUAAUCAUGCUCAUCAAAUGGCAGCAUACAAUGCUAAAGCAUUUGUUACUUAUGAUGCUAUUAUCAGGAAUCCGUUUGGUUCCGACAGAUGGAUCUAUAUGGAUGCUGGGCUAUUUACUGAGACCGGUCCAAUAGACUCUCAGGGUGUUUUAUGGGGAGAUGUUAUAGCGAAGCAACUAGAUGCAAAGAAAUUUGAUCGAUCUAUUGGAAUCUCUGGAGACACCGGGAUAGUUAUAGGGCAAUAUAGAAUAUUCGCUGAUCACGGAGACCAUGGAAGAAAAGAUAUAAACCAUGAGUGGUUCUCUAAUCCUCGGAGAGUAUGGCAAAGCCAACAUUUCGCAGGGGGCGCUUAUGCUGGGAAUUCAUCAGGUAUGCUAAACUUUGCUGUUCGAUACAUGCAGACAGUAAUCGAUAUGGAUGCCAAUGGUUACUAUAUUGGACGCGAGGAAUGGAUCUAUCCUAUGCUAGCUGUACGGUAUCCAAACACUAUCUUCUGCGUACCAUGGGUUGCAACUCUAGACGUCGGAAAAAGACCAAAUUUCCCCAUGUGUACCUGCUACUCAACAUAUGGCGAUACUAAGGUCCUUCAACGCCUGCCUGCUAUUGAAGAUCCCAUAUCUACCUUGCUUUGUCAUGGGUAUGAACCAAGAAAGCCAAAUCUAGAUGGUACAGGGCCGUAUAAGAAGCUUGAUAAGAAAACUAUUAAGAAAAUUUCAUGGGAAGAAAGAAUGGCAGGGAAAACAGGUUUCUUCGAAGGAACAGGGCCAUGGUACACACUUCAAGAAAAGAGAUUGGCUAAAGAUCUUGAGAUCAAAAAGAAAACGAAGCAGAAUUCUUGA